GCCAUUUUUCAUCGAGCUGAAAACUCAAUUACCUUUUAAUCAAUUGCUAAGAAACAAACCUACCUACAAUCCGCUUCUACAUUAGACUAUUAAUUGGUGGAGUGUUUCUAGAAAGAGAUCUAGAUCUCUCACCCUUAGCACGAGCUUUGACAGGGUGCUUGUUACGAAGCACUGCACAGCAUGUACGCCUUUUUGGUUUUAGCCUCGCUGAUGGUUGCUAACCCAGCGUUAGCAUACUUAUCAGCGGGCAUGAAGGACCAGUUUCUAUCGGACGUACUGCUGCGUGAGCUGGUUGAUAGAAUGGGGAAGGAUUUGGCUGAAGCGGCCGAUUCCUACGUCGAUCCGGCAGCCCUGGAUGAACUUUCCAUGGGACGGCUGGCGAUGAUGGCACGUGUGACGAAGGACCUGGAAUCGGAGCAGCUCGACUACGAUGCACUGCUCGAUGGUUCCAACCCGAAUCCAUCGCCGCGUGACCAAGAGUACAUGCAGCAUAGUUCCCUGUGGGGACACCAGUACGUGUCUGGUGGUGCCGGUGAGGGUCCGAACCGACCAAAGCCGCAGGUAAAGACGGAUGCGAGCCUUCCGGCGUACUGCAAUCCCCCCAAUCCGUGCCCGGUCGGGUACACCGAGGAUCAGGGCUGUACGUUGGACUUUGAGAAUACAGCCGCCUUCAGCCGGGAGUACCAGGCGGCCCAGGACUGUAUGUGCGAUGCCGAGCACAUGUUCAACUGUCCGGCUGCCGGUCCAAGCGAAAGUAACCCCCAGAUGGAUUCCGAUCUCGAGAGCUUCAUUGCUCGCCAGUUCCACACCCAGGAGCACAAGAAUCUGGUCGCCAAGAAGUUCCACGUCAAGAAGAGCUCGAACCCAUUCCUGCUCGGCGAGAAGCUACCUGUUGCUGCCAAAAAGGGCUUCAACGUUAAUGUUUAAGACGCGGGCACCACGAGCUGCAGUAGUGAUGAUCGACCCAACGCAAACGCAACAUACGACCGAACCGAACGGAUACACGUGUAAGCAACUUUGCUCCACAAUCGCUAAUGGAUAGCAUGCAAUCAAUGGAAAACUAAUAACCCUCCCUUCCCCUUAGGUUAUAAGGCAAACCAAAUGCAAAAACCCAGUAACACUCACUCACUCACUUCCACUACUGCAACUGGGUACUACACGUAAACGGAAGCACAGAACAGUCGCUCUUUGUUUGAAAAAUCAUGAAAAUGUAGUUGAUGUCCCAACAUUCAGCAACGCUCCUUUUUGGUGGGUUUACUUUUUGAGAUGUUCGGUGUGGAGCACCGCAGCAUGCAGCUUUUUUCUAUAAGCGGGGGUUAAAACUGCAUACACCAUUGCAUUAAUCAUUGCAGGUGUUAAUAAAAUCACCCGAAGCCAGUUUGUUUUAAAGAACGCCAUACAGCAGUACCGCAAAACACAUAGCUGGCAAUGAAACGAUGAUCUGCUUUGAUACUGCUAAUUCAUUCUUCAGCAUAUUUUCCACGAGAAUAUGUUUAACAGCAGAUGUGACAGAAAGAGUUAUUGUAAGGACACACGACCGUAUUUCGCUCUGCAAAAAAGCGGCAAAUGGUUUAAUACUGAGUCUCCGUGAAGAUAUCGAUCUCCACUGACUCAUACACACAUUACACACGGAUAACUUAAAUGUAAAUUCAUAAGCCCCAUUUUUACGCUGAAUAAUGACUCUUCAAAAACCAGGAUGAUAACCGGAACGUAACCUAAACUUCACUCUAAACUGCACAGAAACCAAUAAACUUUCUCUUUUAAGAACCUCUA